GUAACGAUGAAUGCAUCAACAAGUUUACGAGUGCGUCUGCCCGCAUUGGUGUUAGUGUUGGAAGUCGUCAUCCUGACUCUGUACGCCGUCUUCGUCACAUAUGACGACAAUGCCAAUGCCAGGCUGCAAAACAAUGAGACCAACCCAAUGGACAACAGCCUGUAUCGCGACUACCCGUACUUCGCUGACGUCCAGGUGAUGAUCUUCGUAGGCUUCGGUUGCCUGCUGGCCUUCUGCCGAUUCUAUGGCUUCAGCGGGAUGGUCUUCAACUUUCUCACGGCCACCUUUGCAAUCCAGUGGGCGAUCAUCAUCCAAGGUUUCUUCCAGUUUUACCACGAUGGUAGAAUUCACCUGGGUGUCAUCAACUUGUUGUACGCAGAGUUUGCGUGCGCCGUGGUGCUCAUCUCCUUUGGGGCUGUGCUUGGGAAGACCAGUCCGGUGCAGCUCCUGGUGAUGGCUCUGCUUGAGAUCCCUGUGUUUGCUGUGACAGAGUGGGCUGUAUUGAAAUACAUCCGAAUCAAUGAUGCCGGUGGUAGUAUUCUUAUUCACUUGUUUGCCUGCUACUUUGGCCUCGGUGUGACAUUCGUGCUCUACCGCCCGACGCUCAAUAACGGACACUCCAAAGAAAUUACAAGCUACCAUUCAGAUAUCCUCUCUACAAUGGGAACCUUGUUUCUCUGGGUGUUCUGGCCAUCCUUCAACUCUGCACUCACCUUCAAAGGUGACGAUCAACACAGAGCAAUCCUGCAUACGUUUAUUGGUCUGAGUUCGUCCACUCUCACGGCAUUCGCACUUUCAGCGGUGUUCAAUAAACGAGGCAAGCUCACAAUGGCUGACAUCCAGAACGUGACUUUGGCAGGUGGUGUGACAGUUGGAGCGUCAGUGGACAUGAUGAUUUCUCCUUCAGCUGCCUAUGCGUUGGGCAUCAUGGGCUGCACUGCUUGUUUCUUUGGAUACAAGUACCUCAGCCCCUUUUUAGCACGGCACAUGAAGAUCCAGGACCAGUGCGGCAUUCACAAUCUGCAUGGACUAACUGGCCUCAUUUCAUCCACUGCCGGGAUUUGUGCUAUCCUGCUGGCCACUGAGGAAACCUACGGACCCAGCAUGUACCAGAUCUUUUCCCACCGCGCUCCCCCUGAGGGACAUCCAAGGCUCGUGGAGCUUCAGAAGCUGAUCCCCGGAUUGAUGCCAGGCUUGGGCCGGACGGCGCAAGAGCAAGCUCUGUACCAAGUGGCAGCGGUCUUUUCCACCAUUGCCAUUUCUACUGUUGGUGGGCUCCUGACUGGUCUGGUCUUGAGGCUGCCGUUCAUGGCUUCCCCAUCUGAUGAGGACUGUUUUGAUGACAAAGUGUUUUUUGAUAUGCCUUCAGAUUUUAAUGGAAUAGAAGCUGCCAAGAACUCUAUAACCUGCAAUCAUGUUGAUGUCCAUAAAAAUAAAUUGGCUCCAUAA